CACACUGAUGUAUGAACCUCUGAGAUUCAAGACAACUUCCUCAAAAUGUUGUCUCUCUCAUGUGGUGUUACUGUGUUACUGCAUUUUGUGUUUGCGUCUCUAUGGUGAUGUUUCUCUGAACAACACAGGAAGUGUUCAAACAUUUACUGUCAGGAGAGGAGAGGUAUGUCAUUAUGCCCAAUUUCAAAUAUAUUUACGUAAAGACUUCAAGGUGAGUCUACCGUACAUUCUCUACAGCUGUCGGUGUGCUGAAUUAAACAGAAGAAGGAAAAUCUUCAGGUUAAGAAUGACUUGUGAGCCUCCUGAGCUGGAUUAAGCUCUGGCUGCUCUAGUGCUGCCAGUGAAUUAUAGAGAGAAUAUGUUCGCGCUUUGAAUAUGUAUUGCAUGGUGAUUGUUUUUGUAAAUGUAAAUGCUGUUUUGCUUCUUCUGUUUGAGCAGGAUGCUGUUAAGACAUUACAGCCUGAUCAUCAUUUCUUCUGAACAAAUGAAGGUUAAGUGAAGUGAUGAAGAAAGAAAACAGCCUUAACUGCACAGCUGCUUGUGUGAUUACUAAUACAACCUUGGAUCCUCAUUUAUUAAGAUCUUUGAAUGCUAAAUCAGGGCAUGUGCAGUGGACAAAGUGAGGCUAAAUGCCAUGUAUAAAUAUGUAAACACAUACUUGUGAAGAACAGGAGCAACAGAGGACUUCUCUAGCAGCAAAUCCAACUAUGGAGACAUACUGUACCAAAAACGUUAUGUCUGAACUCCUGGAGGACGCUGGAAAUAGUAGACGGCGCAUCAGCCUUCUUCCUCUCAGUGAAUCUCUCUUCAGUGAGCAGCAGAAGCUGAGGCAUGUGUUGGACUGGGCUGACAGUUUCAUCAGCAGUGGGUCAGAGAUUCACCAGGAAAUAUGCAGAGCUGACCAUCUGAUAUUGGCUGUAGCAAAACAGGGGGAAAUAAAAAGAUCAGCUGAAAACAAUCAUCCAAUCUCCUGCACCGCAGGUCGUAAUGAAGAAUUUCAAGGAAGAGGAAGUAUUGAGAAGGUUUGGCCUGAGAACAGAGAAACUGGACGUAUGAAAAGUAUGGACGGACUGCAUAUCACCAAUAAUCAAACUCCCAGCCAAGACAGAAGAAGCAGACUUUACACAUCUAAUCAAAGACAUCACACAAACAUUUCUGACAGCACAGUGUCUGGUGCUGGGAACAGUGAUUCCACAGAUAUGAUUUAUGAAACAGCUGAAGCUCUGUCACAUGGAGAAAAUCAGAUAGUAAUGAGGAAGGAUGUUGAGAAGAAGAAAACAGAUGAUGGCAGGAUGGUGGAAAAGGAUGGAAUAAUGCAUAAAGAGCAAGAAUCCAGCUCUGCUUCUGUGAUAUAUACAGACGAUAAUAUGACCCACAAUGAACGAAAGGCAGUAGCCAAACACAUGGCAAAGACUGCAAAUACUGCUUUCAGCUAUAAUUUGAAACUAUCAUCGAAUUUGUCAAUAUAUGAGCAGUAUCAAUUUUGUGUGGAUCAACUGCAUCACCUCAGAAUGAGACAAAGCCAACAUACUGAAUCAGGAUGCUCCACAGAGUCACCUGAGAAUCAGAGAAAGACGCCUGAAGAAAGUACAGCAGCAGCUCUACCCAUGUCUAGCUUAGAAUUUAACUCUUCCACUACAAAUCCUGAGAUUAAAAAACAUCUCAAUAAAGUGCAAUGCAAGAGGGUUACAGCUGCAGAAAUAACAAAGGAGGGGAGUUCAGACAUCAUUAAUAAAAACCAGGACAGAACCACAUACUGUAGAAAUAGAACAACACUUACUGAACAUGGAGAGACCAAGGAAACAUCUGCAGAGCCCAGUCCUGAAAGCAGACUGUUGCGUCAGAAGAAUACCAGCACUGCACAUUUGGACCUCAAUGGCAACAAUCGUGAUUAUCUCAUAAAGGAAACUCCAGAGACCAGAACCUCAACUGAUGAGGUUAUUAACACACCUAUGGAGCGCCUGAGGGCUGCAUCUGAUGAUGUGAAGGAGAGCGCUGCACUUCUUGCUAACCCAGUUUCGCUGUCAAAACAGACUGAGCAUUAUGAAGCCAUUAAAGGUCAUCGGGGGGAUGUCAAAGGUCAAAAGAAGAGAAGUGAACAUUGGGGUCCCUGGAAGCCACAGCAGCAGAUAAAUCUCCAGUCAGCAGGAGCAGCAACACACACAACCAAACUAAAUCCACAAACACACUCAAAAAGACACACACCAGAGGACAGAAUGAAACACACAUCACUUUCCAGGGAUAAACACAGAUGCCUGGAACCUGCAGAGACACACACACUUCCUCAUGAUGACCUCAGACCAACAUCACCAUCUUUGGGUAAAACAGAUCAUGGCGAUACGAACAACACCGACUAUAAACACAGACCAGCAGGUGUCCCUGUAUGUGACCGCUGGCUGCGUCUGCCUGAUGAGGUGUGGUUGUGCAUCCUGUCUCUUCUGCCUCAUCGUGAUUUGUGCAGAGUGCUGCAGGUGUGCAGCCGCCUGCACACCCUGGCUAUGGAUCACACACUGUGGAAAAGUCUGAGGAUUGAAGACUCCACCCUGACAGAGAGGUGGCUGCUGUUUGUGGGCAACUGUCGUCCCCGCAGUCUGUGCCUGUACAGCUGCAGUAGCCUUUCUGUCACCUCAUGUGGCCUCAACACAUUUUUCACCUUGUGCAGAAAUUCUCUAGAGGAAAUUAAGGUCACAAGUUGCACUGGUCCAGAUCUCCAUGGUGAUCAGAUAUUGCUUCUGAUUGGUCAGCUGUGUGAACGUGUGAUCAGUGUGGAUGUAAGCUGGAGUGGAGCUACAGACACAGGAGUGAAAGCUCUGAGUGACAGCUGCACAAGGUUGAAACUAAGAUCAGUUGUCCUAAAUGGCUGUCAUGUCUCUGAUGACCCACUGAAGAAACUCAUCAUAAGGCACAAAGAGAGUCUGUGCAGGUUGGAGGUGUUUGGGUGUCAGUUCCUCACUCCAUCCUGUCUCCAAAGUGUAUAUGAGAUGUGUCCUGGCCUCCAGCAUCUUAACAUUGGACAGGUGCCAAAAGUCAACACACGCUGUCUCACAGUGAUGACCUCACAGCUCAAAUGUCUAAUUUCCCUCAAUGUAACUGGUCUACAGGCAGUUACUGACGCCACACUGGACACUUUGCUUCAGAACUGUGUCAAACUUCAGAGUCUGACACUCAGUUUCUGUCGUGGAGUCACUGACCUAACACUGCACAACAUCAGCAAAUACACACCUUGUAUUAGAUCCCUGGACGUAAGUGGCUGUAAGGCAGUAACAGACAUAGGAGUACAGUCUAUAGCUCUGGGGUGUGGGAGACUACAGCAGCUGGAUCUCAGUUCCACCAGCACAGGAAACAGAGGGGUUACUCUGCUGGCAAAUUACUGUAAUGGACACCUCCAUACUGUCAAACUCAGUUUCUGCCAGAUCACCUUAGAGAAUAUACUGAAGCUCUGCAGACGCUGCAAAAGGCUGAAUGUGCUCCAUCUCUACGGCUGUGCUCAUCUCCCCACUGCAAGAGAAAUCAGAGAAAUUAACGCUACUGUUAAAGUUUACCCUGUGCUCUGACUUACACACAACUGGACUGAUGCAUUCACCAUAUCAAAGCGCAAAAUGAAAGAAAUAAUGAAGCUAGAUGUUUUUACAUUUAUUGCAUUUAUUCCUGUGAUACUGUAACUGGUUAAAUGAGGUCUGGUGGAGUUUGACUGAUGAAUAAAAUCAAUUUCAAUUUAUCUGUAUUUGACUGUGUGUGUUUGGAGAUUUCAGACAUACUAUGCCCUCCUAUCCUGAGGGGCAUUGAGUGUUUUAUUGAAAGGGACCCACAAUUCAUUCUUGCCCCAGAGUUUUCUGUUGGUUUAAUCUGAUCCUGCCUUCUUAAUUUUUACUCUUACUUUGUAAUGCAAAUAACAGCUAUAUGGUGCAAACACCUGCUGAAAAGUGAUUCCUUACAGUAAAAGGACUUGAUCUUCUAGAAGCCAUUCAAAUUAUAGGAAAAGGCUCACUGCCGAAUUUUAAACAGGAUUCCGAGUUUAAGAUUGAAACACAUGGAGUGCCUAGUAGUGUGUGUAAAGUAUCUCCUGUGUAUCACAGUACAUACAGGUUGAUGAUCUCUGGUUCUCUAAUUUAUAAAGUCUAUGCAGUCCAAUACAGGCUAUUAUCCUUUCCCCACAAUGAAAGCACUUUCAUUUGGCC